AUGGCUACAGACCUAAACAAGACCCGGACAGCGCCCGAAAAUCGGUCCAGACGGUCCUCGCGUGCUUCUUUAAGACGGGCGCGAUCGACUCCCGAGGAUGAUUCUCACCAGCUGUUUUCGCCUCAAUUCAUGGAUGACCAUGGUGCCCACCAUUAUCACGUCGCUGCGACGCCUGAUGAGGGUUAUUUCGGUCAGCGCGACGGCGCCGAGGGCCCAAUGACUGACGAGGAUGCCAUAUCCGAAACAAGCACCGCUACAGAGUCGCAGGAGGAAGUCAGGUUUGGCAUCGUCAACAGUCGUGAUGUCGAAGCAGGAGUCAAUCUGCCAGAAUUGAAAUCAGAGAAGUCUACUCGAUCACUGAAGGAUCCCCACCUGGUUACUUGGGAGGGCUCCGAUGACCCCGAAAAUCCCAAAAAUUGGACAUACAGGAAGAAAUGGGCGGCAACUCUCAUCGUAUCAUCGUUUACAUUCAUUUCACCCGUGUCAUCGUCUAUGGUGGCACCGGCUCUCGACAAAAUCGGCCAAGACCUGGGCAUUAGCCAGGAUAUCGAGAAAUCAUUGACGCUUUCUAUUUUCGUCCUUGCAUACGCCAUCGGACCAUUGUUUCUGGGCCCUUUGUCAGAGAUUUACGGCCGAGUUAUCGUUUUACAACUUUCGAAUUUGUUCUAUCUCGCCUGGAAUCUUGGGUGCGGCUUUGCCCAAACCCAAGGUCAACUCAUCGCAUUUCGGUUUCUGAGUGGUCUGGGUGGUAGUGCACCUCUGGCGUUGGGUGGAGGAGUAUUGAGUGACUGCUGGCGUGCAGAAGAACGCGGCAAGUCUAUCAGCAUCUACUCUCUUGCACCCCUUCUAGGUCCUGCAGUUGGGCCAAUCGCAGGUGGAUUCAUUGCCAUGAAGACAACCUGGAGAUGGUGCUUCUGGGCGACUUCGAUUGUGGACGCUGGUAUUCAAGUCCUUGGCUUGAUCUAUUUACGAGAAACCUACGCGCCGAAGUUGUUGAAUGACAAGGCAAAGAGACUCCGGAAAGAGACAGGCGAUCCAAACUACCACACGGAGUGGGAUCGUCCCGACAGAACACUUGGGAAGGUCCUCCGCAAAAGCCUUGUCCGCCCGUUUCGUCUUUUGGGGACUCAACCUAUUAUUCAAGCUUUGGCUUUGUAUAUGGCGUACCUUUACGGUCUCAUGUAUCUUGUCCUGUCCACUUUCCCCGAAGUCUGGCAGGGAAUCUACCACGAAACUGUCGGCGUUGGCGGCCUGAACUACAUCUCCUUGGGAGUGGGGUUUUUUCUGGGCACACAGAUCUGCGCUCCGAUCAACGACCGCAUUUAUCGCAGACUGAAGUCACGAAAUAAUGACAUUGGAAGACCCGAGUUUCGCGUACCGCUUAUGGUUCCGGGAGCCGUCCUCGUCCCGAUCGGUCUUUUCAUCUACGGCUGGGGCGCACGAGCUAGUGUGCACUGGAUUGUUCCUAACAUUGGUGCCGCCAUUUUCGCGGCAGGCACCAUCAUGGGCUUUCAGUGCACACAGACGUACAUUGUCGAUGCAUACUCACGAUUUGCAGCCUCGGCUGUGGCUUCGGCCGUGGUGCUGAGGAGUCUGGCAGGGUUCGGAUUUCCCCUAUUUGCCCCAUACAUGUACCAAGCCCUCGGAUUGGAUUGGGGAAAUUCCCUGCUUGCGUUCAUUGCCAUCGGCCUCGGUCUUCCAGCACCGAUUCUCCUUUGGAAAUAUGGCGAGACUCUGCGGAACAAGAGUACCUAUGCUGCUGGUUAA